UCAACUCAUGUUGAAGCUUCACAUUUAUCCUCCGGAAGUGUCACUCACUCCUGUACAGCGGUACAGUGCAACAACUUUUGAGAGAAACGAGCGAGCGUUUCGCCUGCAGUCUAGCUGUAGUGCGCAAUGCGCAGGCGCGACUGAAUUGGCAUCACGUGAUCUCGCUUUGACCUCUGCGUCGGCGGCGGAAACGGAAAAGCAACGAGAACGCGCCAACAUGGCGGACAGGCUAACGCAGCUUCAGGAUGCUGUUAACUCUCUGGCUGAUCAGUUCUGCAAUGCGAUUGGAGUCCUGCAGCAGUGCGCACCCCCGGCCUCGUUCAGCAACAUACAGACCGCCAUCAACAAAGACCAGCCCUCAAACCCCACUGAAGAAUACGCUCAGCUGUUUGCCGCACUGAUAGCAAGAACAGCAAAAGAUGUUGACGUGCUGAUCGACUCUCUGCCUAGUGAAGAAUCUACAGCUGCACUGCAGGCUGCCAGUUUGAGGCAGUUGGAAGAGGAGAACCAGGAGGCUGCGGCUCGUCUGGAAGAAGUGGUUUACAGAGGAGACAUGUUACUAGAGAAGAUCCAAUCAGCGCUCGCAGACAUCGCCCAAUCACAGCUUCGCACACGCAGUGGUGCCCCGAGUCAGCCAACACCCCCAGAGUCCUGACACGGACCUGCCACAACCAAACAUGGACUAUAUCAUCUGUACACAGCAGGGAUUUUAUACUCCUCCUUCAGCAACUGCAGGAGAUCUUGUGUUAAAUGUACAGUUUGUUUCUGGACUGAAGAAUGAUUCUGAUUUCAUUCUGUACGGCAGAGUAAGUGCCCACUGUUUCCCAUCGCAUAUGUUUAUUAUGUGACAUCCGGCAUUGUUUUUUACCUGAUAACAUUAUAUGUUCAGCGUCCAUCAAACAGCCCCUUUCUGCAAUUAACAGUCAGCGGCAGGGUAAGUUGGUUUUUUGUAUAUUUAAUGAUUUUUUUUGUCUUUCUGGGAUCAUGCUGUUUUUGUUUUUUUGUUUUUUUUUUUAAAGGAAUUUGGUCUUUGUGUUUAACCAAUAAAAUAUGGUUGUAUAAAGAGCUUGUUAUUCAUUGCUAAUUGAAUUGGGAAUGUGGUAAUUUGUUGCAUGCAAUGACAUUAUCACUGAUGGAGUGAAGAGACUAUUCUUUGAAAACAAGAUUCAUACAAAUGAUGUCUAACACACACAACAGAUCUAAAACCCUAUUCUUAUUUUUGUUCCUAUCACUAUGUAUCCAACUGAAGUUAUUUUGGGAACAAAUGCUGAAAUUGUAGGGGUUAUAUGCUGUUCAAAAAUUGGAAAUAUUACCUUUGAUAUUUUUGUUUAAAGUGUACUACGGAAAUAUUUUUUUUACUGUAUAUAUUAUUUACUGUUAUUGUGAGUGUUGCCAUUUGCCGGUCAUGAGUGUGCUAAAACAGACUUUAUGUCGUCUUCGUGGUGAUAGAGAGCUUCAAUGUUUAAACAGUCUUUUCCAGUAAAUUAAAUCUUGCAAUAAUGUUAAUAAAUAAAUUUAAAAAACGUGUGCCGCAGCCAUGCUGAUUAGCGCAUGACGUUUACGUUUUUUUUCCCAAUAAGA